GAUGACCAAAACGGCAAGCAUAUACCAAAUUUUAUAUUAUCAAUUUAUUCAUCCUUCUUCCUCUAUGUUCAUACUAUCCGUUACUAUAUAUAAGCCUAUCAAAUUCAAAGCAAUGCAUUCAUCUACAUUAACAAUACAACAGCCUCUUAAUUUUCUAAGUAGCACAACAAUGGAAAUUCCAAUUAUGAUUAAAACAUUCUUAUUAACAUCAUUAAUCUUGUUCAUUUCAUCAACACAUGUUGUAGCAACAACACUUUCCUCAACCACAAACCUAUUUAGAGAAUACAUAGGAGCUGAAUCCAACAACAUCAAAUUCUCCGAUGUACCUAUAAACCCGAAUGUCGAAUUCCACUUCAUUCUCUCCUUCGGUAUCGACUACGACACUUCAUCUUCUCCAUCUCCCACAAAUGGAAAGUUUAACAUCUUUUGGGACACUAAUCACCUUAACCCCUCUCAAGUUUCUUCCAUCAAGAACCAAUAUUCAAAUGUCAAAGUAGCCCUAAGUCUUGGAGGUGAUAGUGUCGAAGGCGGAUAUGCUUAUUUCGAUCCAUCUUCGGUCGAUUCAUGGCUCUCUAAUGCAGUUUCUUCACUCACAAGUAUAAUCAAAGAGUAUAACUUAGACGGAAUCGACAUCGAUUAUGAGCAUUUUAAAGGAGACCCGGAUACCUUCGCAGAGUGCAUUGGAAAGUUAAUUCAAACUCUUAAAUCAAAUGGGGUCAUAACUUUUGCUUCUAUUGCUCCUUUUGAUGAUGAUCAAGUUCAAAGUCAUUACUUAGCUUUGUGGAAAAAUUAUGGACAUCUUAUAGACUAUGUUAAUUUUCAAUUUUAUGCAUAUGACAAAGGUACAAGUGUGUCACAAUUUAUUGAUUAUUUCAACAAACAAAGUUCAAACUAUAAUGGUGGGAAAGUGUUGGUGAGUUUCCUUAGUGAUGGGAGUAGUGGAUUGUCUCCAAGUGAUGGAUUUUUUAAGGCAUGUCAAAGGCUAAAGAGUCAGCAGAAACUUCAUGGUAUCUUUGUUUGGUCAGCUGAUGAUUCUAUGGGAAAUGGUUUUCGAUUUGAGAAGCAAUCACAGGCUCUUUUGGCUAUACAUUAGUUGAUUGAAUAUGUGGUAUAUGUUGAAGAAUGAUUUUAUAAUGAGUACUUAUAGACUAUAGUACUCAUGAAUCAUGAU